UGUCUUUCUCGCUGGGAUGGGAUAAUAUCUAUCCACAAUGACUACCGCAUUUAAAUUAACUUCACCUCGAAUUGUGAUUGGACUGUUUCGGCGAACGACAUCCGCGCCUGAAAAUGAGUGAAAAAUCGAGAAUUUCUAGCGGUGUUGUCAAUCAAGUUUUUUCGGUUUUCACGAUUAACAUCAUCAACUUUGCUCAUGGCGCUACACUCGGGUGGCUUUCUCCGUUCCUACCGUUGCUCCAGUCGGAAGAUUCGCCUCUCGAAACAGGACCAGUUACAGUCGAACAAGGCUCAUGGAUAGGAUCUAUACUUUGUUUGGGAGGUCUGGCUGGUGCAAUCAUCUAUGGAAGUCUUACCAACAGACUUGGUGUAAAACGAUGUAUAUCGUGCAUAAUUAUUCCAAACAUGAGCUUUUGGGUGAUUGUGUACUUUGGGACAUCGGUAUAUCACCUAUACAUUGCACGAUUUCUGGCUGGGGCAACGGGAGGUGGUAUCAUGGUAACGUUUCCACUUUUCAUAGCAGAUAUUUCCGAUAACAGAAUUCGUGGUAUUUUGGGAUCGUGUUUGGCUUUCUUUGGAAACUCUGGUAUUCUAGUAAUAUACAUCGUUGGUGAUUUGCUAUCAUAUAGGACAGUUCCCAUCGUGAUGAUGUCAGCACCCAUUUUAUUCGGAAUCAUCAUGUGCUUUAUACCGGAAACCCCACAAACAUUACUCAGAAAACGAAGAGUAGAAGAAGCAGCAAAAUCCCUUAAAUUUUUCAAAGGAAUUACCACUGGUACAAAAGACAUGACCGGGUUUGAACGUGACUUCGAAGCUAUGCAAAAUUUUGUUCUAAACAGCAAAUCUCAAAACAGCAAACUACAGCUCAGCGAUUUCACUUCAUCUCAAGCAAAGAAAGGAAUAUUCAUUGGGAUAUUUUUGAUGUUUCUGAAUCAAUUCGCUGGAAUUUUUGCUAUCCUCACGUACGCAGUUUCAAUCUUUCAAGAGUCCGGUUCCGAUUUAAGUCCCGGAUCAUCAGCUAUCAUCAUUGCGUCGAUCCAGAUUUUCGGCACGAUAGCUUCCUUUAUUUUCAUAGAUUUGACCGGAAGGAGAGUGCUGCUGCUGUUUUCAACAUUUGGCACCGGCGUUGGCCUGAGCUGUCUUGGAACGUUUUCGUGGUUGAAAGAGCAUCAAUUCGAUUUAACAGGAUAUGGCUGGAUUCCUGUCGUGAGUCUGUCGAUUACGGUGUUUCUCUUCUGUGUCGGAUUGUGUAGCAUUCCGUUUUUCAUAUUACCGGAGAUACUUCCAGCAAAGAUUUGCAAUAUUGGAAAUACGAUCAGCAUGAUUUCGAUUACAAUAUUUUCAUUCGUUGUACUCAAGAUUUUACCGAUUAUGCUGGAGGAGAUUAAACUAUACGGUGCAACUGCAGUAUUUACUGCAACAUGUUUUAUUGGUGUUAUAAUUAUUGCUGUAGUCAUUCCAGAGACAAAAGGAAAAAAUCUGAUAGCACCUGAGAAUGUAUGAAUACUCAUUUUUGAGAUGAGGAGUUGUGGCAUA